GGUGAAGCUUUAACUUCAGACUUGGAGGUGGGCUGGGAGCAGUAGACUGGAAUGCUCUCCCUCACUCACUCCUCAGUGUAGGAGCGCUCUGAAGCAGGACAGCUCAGCCUGCAGCCGCCUGGGCUUUGUGUGCACUGGACGCGGAGCUCGGGAGCGGGGGAGGGUUACCACUCCAGGUCCCAGUCAGUGGAAUUACACAGCGACAGCGGCAGUAUAUAUGGAAUUGCUUUUCCUCGUCUUCCUGGAGAUGCUCAGACCCAGUAUGCUUUAAGGAAGAGAAAUAUAAAGGAAAUCUAUUAUGCUUCCUUCUUUUUUCCAUGAAGAAUAUUUGAAUUAAGUUUCCUUUACCUCCUAAAAAAGAAUACCUGUUCUUGCAUAACGUGACUACACCAGAUAUUCUAAGAAAGCAGCAAGAAGCAAAAGCUGGAAAUAGCUAUUUCACAGCAGGUAAUCAUACCUCAGGAUGUAGCUACUGUACAAAGUUUAUACUUGGAUAACCCUGGAUGGGAAUAAAGGUGGGGGGUAACUGCCUGAAAAACCUAUUACUAUACAGGCCUUAGCAUCAUGAAUGGCUUUCUUCAUGAGGAUCUGAAGUUACUAUCUCUGAACACAUUGCACAGAAGAGCCAAUAAGAAUUUCAAAGAAAGCAAUUUUCACUAAGGGAAUUAAGCUACACAAAAGAAACCUUCACACAGAAACUCUAUCAGAAAGAGAAAAAAAUACAUAGGAAGCCAUGUGUUCUACAUGGUAACAGGAAGCUGAAUUGUUUCUGGCCCCCACUUUAAUGAGCUUGCCCACCAUGCUGAACCACAGCUGGAAUGUUCAUUGACAACAGCGAGCCUGAUCUGGAGGUGUGUGCGUCAUAGGAUUACUUGAAUAAACAGUGAAGAGCAUUUCCAAGGACUAAACAAGAGUUUAUAAGUCCCAUCCCCUCACCAGGAAAACAAUAUAUGUGCAUUGGAUUUUUCACUCACGUAAAAUUUACACACAUCGUUCAAUAAGGGCUCUGAAGCUACCUGGUAUAAAGACCUCAACACUGCUGACCAUGAUCAGCCCAGCCUGGAGCAUCUUCCUCAUUGGGACUAACAUUGGGCUGAUCCUUCAGGUGGCACCUCUUUCAGUUAUGGCUAAAUCCUGCCCAACCACGUGCCGCUGUGAUGCAGGUUUCAUUUACUGUAAUGAUCGCUCUCUGACAUCCAUUCCAGUAGGAAUUCCAGAGGAUGCUACAACUCUCUACCUACAGAACAACCAAAUAAAUAAUGCUGGGAUUCCUUCAGAUUUGAAAAAGUUGCAGAAAGUAGAAAGAAUAUACCUAUACCGCAACAGUUUGGAUGAAUUUCCUACCAACCUACCAAAGUACGUAAAAGAAUUACAUUUGCAAGAAAACAACAUAAGGACCAUCACUUAUGACUCACUUUCUAAAAUUCCCUAUCUGGAAGAAUUGCAUUUAGAUGAUAACUCCGUCUCUGCUGUGAGCAUCGAAGAGGGGGCAUUCCGAGACAGUAACUAUCUCCGACUGCUUUUCCUGUCCCGUAAUCACCUUAGCACAAUCCCCUGGGGUUUGCCCAGGACGAUAGAAGAACUACGCUUGGAUGAUAAUCGCAUAUCCACCAUCUCAUCACCAUCUCUUCAAGGUCUCACCAGCCUAAAACGCCUGGUUUUGGAUGGAAACCUGUUGAACAACCAUGGCUUAGGGGAUAAAGUGUUCUUCAACCUCGUCAACUUAACAGAACUGUCACUGGUGCGGAAUUCCCUGACCGCUGCGCCAGUAAACCUUCCAGGUUCCAACCUGAGGAGGCUUUACCUUCAAGAUAACCACAUCAACCGGGUGCCCCCGAAUGCUUUCUCUUAUCUAAGGCAGCUGUAUCGACUUGAUAUGUCCAACAAUAACCUAAGUAAUUUACCUCAGGGUAUCUUUGAUGACUUGGACAACAUAACCCAACUGAUUCUUCGCAACAACCCGUGGUACUGUGGGUGCAAGAUGAAAUGGGUACGGGACUGGUUACAGUCACUACCUGUGAAGGUCAAUGUGCGCGGGCUCAUGUGCCAAGCCCCAGAAAAAGUGCGGGGGAUGGCUAUCAAGGACCUCAAUGCAGAACUGUUUGAUUGUAAGGACCGUGCAGUGGCGAGCACCGUUCAGGUAACCACGGCAAUACCCAACACGGUGUAUCCUGCCCAAGGACAGUGGCCUGCUCCAGUGACCAAACAACCCGACAUGAAGAGCCCCAAGCUCAUUAAGGAUCAACGAACCACGGGGAGUCCAGCGAGAAAGACCAUUGUAAUUACUGUGAAAGCUGUCACCGCUGACACCAUUCAUAUCUCUUGGAAACUUGUCCUCCCUAUGACGGCUUUGAGACUCAGCUGGCUCAAACUGGGCCACAGCCCAGCGUUUGGAUCUAUAACAGAAACCAUUGUAACAGGGGAACGCAGUGAAUACCUGGUCACGGCCCUGGAACCGGAUUCACCCUAUCGAGUCUGCCUGGUUCCCAUGGAAACCAGUAACCUCUACCUGUUUGAUGAAACUCCUGUUUGUAUUGAGACUGAAACUGCACCCCUUCGAAUGUACAACCCUACGACCACCCUGAAUCGAGAGCAAGAGAAAGAACCUUACAAAAACCCCAGUUGGCCACUGGCUGCCAUUAUUGGUGGGGCUGUGGCUCUGGUGACCAUUGCCCUUCUUGCUUUAGUGUGCUGGUAUGUUCAUAGGAACGGGUCGCUCUUCUCGAGGAACUGUGCAUACAGCAAAGGGAGGCGAAGGAAGGAUGACUAUGCGGAAGCUGGCACUAAGAAGGACAACUCCAUCCUGGAAAUCAGGGAGACUUCUUUUCAAAUGUUGCCAAUAAGCAAUGAACAGAUCUCAAAGGAGGAAUUUGUAAUACAUACCAUAUUUCCUCCCAAUGGAAUGAAUCUGUACAAAAACAAUCACAGUGAAAGCAGUAGUAACCGAAGCUACAGAGACAGUGGUAUCCCAGACUCAGACCACUCACACUCAUGAUGCUGGAGGACUCACAGCAGACUAUGUCUCGGGUUUUUUAAAACCUAAAGGAGGUGAUGGUAGGAACCCUGUUCUACUGCAAAACACUGGAAAAAGAGACUGGAAAAAAAAGCAAUGUACUGUACAUUUGCCAUAUAAUUUAUAUUUAAGAACUUUUUAUUAAAAGUUUCAAAUUUCA